UUGGACCAACCUGCCACAUUCCAUAUGAUUCUGUGCCAUUAGCAAAUCCAGCUAGUUGUGUUGUAUUCUUGUUGAUAGCAAGUGGAAAAAAGGCUUGUGUUUGCCGACUAAACUUUGUCCCAGCCAUGGAGGAAGUGACCCCUAGAUCUAACGAACACUGGAAACGGGCUUAUCUCGGUCCGCUGCCGGAUGAGUUUCUACGUGUUACUACAGCGCAAGACAUUCAGGAAGUCUCCGACAGGCAGGCCGCUUUGGCCCUUCAAAGCUAUCACAACACCUAUACGCCGCAUAUGGCUCCCAACUUUGUUGGUCGGUUGAGCAUCACCAUUGCACAGGCUAAGCUGGUGAAAAACUACGGCAUCACCCGGAUGGAUCCGUACGUUCGCUUACGUGUGGGGCACUUUGUUUAUGAAACACAAACGGCUCCCAAUGGUGGACGAAAUCCACGCUGGAACCGUGUCAUACACUGUCAGCUACCGGCCGGCGUGGAGACGAUCGCGCUUGAAAUCUACGAUGAGUGUAACUUUUCGAUGGACGAACUGAUUGCCUGGGCCGAAAUUCGUAUUCCGCAGUCGGUGCUGCGUGGUGAAACGCACGAAGAUUGGUACCCGCUGAGCGGUAAACAGGGCGAAGGGCUUGAGGGCAGCAUCGAUAUGGUGAUGAGCUUUAAUAAUAUGGUCGUACAGCCGCGCAUGAUACAAACCAAUGCUCCGGUCGUGUUGGUACCGAACGUGGCCACCGGUACUCCGAUGCCGGUGUUUGUUGCCCCGAAUCAGCCACAAGUAGCAAGGCCACCACCUCCAGUGCUUUCCGAUGAUGAUCUGACACGUAUUCACGAGAUGUUCCCACAGGUCGAUAAGGAAGUGAUCAAAUCGGUCGCCGUAGCCAACAACCAAGAUCGUGACGCAGUCAUCAAUGCGUUGCUACAGAUGAGUAGCUAGAUUUUGCAACGAUAAGCGAGGAUAUGAUGGUGCGCUUAAGACCGAGAACGCAUUUUUCUUGCUGCCGUACCGUGCUUGGGCAAUUUUAUUGAACCUUCCAAUAUUUUGUUGUUUAUGUUAAUAUUUACAAAAGCUUCUAACCGUAUUUAAUAAAUGUACGCUAGGCAUAUAACUUUCCAACGCAAA